AUGGAAACUGGUUUAUCAAGAGAUGAAAAUGGUCACUUCAUACAUUCGACUGCUGGCAAAAGUGAUAGACUACUUGCUACCGAUAGUUCUGGUGCCUCGAUUGAUUCAUUUGGAAGACUUGUUCUCCCUGACAAUGAUGGCAUCCCAAUCGGUCCAGGCGGCAAAUUCUUGUCAAAAAAUGAUCAAGACCGGUACAUACAUCCUGCAGUUAGAAUCAACGAUAUUCUAUUACCAACAUAUGCGGACAAUCGGUCACUAUAUCCAAUUAAGGGAUCUAAUGGACAACCUUUACCAACGGAUAGAACUGGAAGAGCCAUCGACAAUUCUGGGAAACUGAUACCAACAGAUGAAACUGGAAAACCGAUUGGACGAAGUGGAUCAUCACUCCCAACCGACAGCAAUGGAUGGUUCCUGCUGGCUGAGGAGGAAAUAGGAAGAGUAUUAUCUGAGAAUAUUAUUAACGAUGAUCGUGUGAUUUAUCCGAGUACUGGUCCAGAUGGAAAUUCUUCCCCAACUGAUAGUUCUGGCACCUAUGUUCGUUAUGGUAAUCAAAGAGUACUUGAUAAUUCCGAAAAACCACUGAAAUCGAGUGGCAAACUGCUGCCAACUGAUUACAGUGGUAAAUACAUAUUUGGAACAACUAACCCGAAUGGUAUGCUGAUCAAUGAAAAUGGAAGAUCAGUUUAUUCAGAUCUAUUCGGAUCAGAAGGAAGAUUGCUUACAACUGACAAAAGUGGCGCGUUGUUUGGUCGUACUGCAGAAGUGAUUCCAACGGAUAAAUACGGAAGGCUAAUUGGUGCCGACGGGUUACCAAUCACGAUAGAUUCCAACGGCAAAUUCUCGUCAGGUCAGACUAAAAAAACUUCAGCUGACAAAUACAAUCAUAUCAACUAUUCAGAAGCCAACGGAAGCUUUUUGCCGACUGAUGAAUCUGGCGUAUUAUCGGACCCAUUGGGAAUACCUCUACCUACUGAUGAUACUGGGAAGCUUUUGAAUCAGGAUGAUGUUUUACCAACGGACAAGUAUGCCAGAUAUCUCUAUCCUAAUGUCAGACAAAAUGGAAGAAUUGUUUCGAGAAAGAAGCUGAAAGGACCAAUUUAUUCCACUAGAGCGACAGUAAUGGCAGGAACAGUGAUUCCAACGGAUGACCAGGGAUUCUAUAUCUAUCCGGCACACCAACCGGAUACAAUGCUGCCAUCAGCGGAUGCACAAAAUUUACCGAUUACGGCAGUGGAUGGUCAAUCACUACUCUCAGACAGCGGUGGAAAGCUCAUAAUAUCUGAUGGCAGGCCGAUACCAAUGAGUAGUUUUAGGCAAACAGUCGACGUCGAUACAAUGGGCAACGUCAGAAAUUUUAUUUAUCCUGCCAUCGGAUCAGAUGAGAAACUACUUCCGACCGAUGAUUUCAGAGAUCGCAACGAUAUGUUUAGCAAAUCCGUUCCGACAAGUGGUAAAGGUUUGUCGAGGAAUAGAGAUGGAGUCGUCCAAGCUGAUGAAUACAUUCAUCCAGCAAUUCCAGAUAGCCAAUCUCCUCCAAGAAUUGACAGUGGGCAUCCAACUGACAGUAAUAAAAACAUUUCGUCUACUAAAACUAACCAUUACAACAUUUUGAAGACUAUUUCGGACACGUUCAUACCAACAACUUCUGGUUCUUUGUCGUUCGUGAUCGUGUUUCCGGAUGGUCGUCCAUUAUAUGUCGAUGAGAAUGGUGCUUACCUCGAUGACAAAGGACAAAGUUUGGUUCAUAUUGAUCAAAAUGGUCGUCCUGUAGCAUCAGCUGAUGGGACACCACUGCAAAAAAUUGAUAGUGGCAAAUAUCUCUAUCCAUAUGAAAAACCAAUAUUUGCCAAUGUUGGCAACGAUGAUCAUCCAUUACGAACAAAUCCCGAUGGUCUUCAAGUACAAUUAAAUGGCAAAAAGGGACCUACUAAUGGCUAUGGCAGGUCAUCUCCAGAAGGUGAACAUAGGAGCUACAUGUGGAGUAUGGAAACGACAGCGGGAUAUCAUGCAUCAACACCUUCCGGCAGAAUCAGCACUUGGACCAGUUCAUCGCCGUAUUGUGUGGUCAGUUCAAAUGUUGACAUCUUACUCAUCUUGGAUUCAUCGAGCAGUGUCAGGGUUGUUGAUUACCGAAUUAUGAAAGAUUUUAUCAAGAAUUUCCUAGUUAAUUACUUCAACCUACAGCGCAAUUAUGUUCGUGUCGGUGUUAUGAAAUAUGGCGAUAAGGUUCAGAUCCCGGUAUCACUAGGUGAUUACAAUACUCAGACCGAGCUCUUGUCAAGGAUUAGUGAGACCAGACGUAUGCGUGGUGAAGCUAAUCUUGGUCAGGCUUUGCUUGACGCUUCUGGAGAAUUCCUUAUUUUCGGAUCCAAGGAUAUUCCUCGCAUCGUAAUUAUAUUUUCAUAUGGGCAACCUAGGGGUGAAUGGAAAGAGAAUGCUCGUCUGCUACGAGAUGAUACAAAAGCUCACAUAUUCUUAGUGGAUGUUGGAAACCAAGGUGACAAGACACAAAAUUUGGCUAUUGUGGGUGAAUCGAAUCCACAUCGGAUUAUUACUAUCGAUGAAUGGCAUGGAGUAAAUUCAGAGAUUCUGAGUCCUUUUAUGGAUGAGUUAUGCAGGCUACUGCCACAAAGACAAGAUAAAACAAGUAGAGAUGGUACUUGGCCGACAAGACAAACCGAAAUGCGAGUUGCAACUCCUGUACGCAUUUGCAAUCGAGUUGAUUUUCAGGCAGAUGUAAUGUUUAUCCUGGAUUCCUCCGACAAUGUAACGUCGGAAGAAUACUCUAAUUUGAAAGAAGGUAUCAGUAUGUUAAUCGAUGAAAUAUUUGAUUUAUCACCAGAUAUUGUUCGUGUUGGCUUCGUCGAAUAUAGUGAUAAGGCGUCAGUUCCUGUACCGCUUGGCUAUUACGACAAUAAAGUGCAACUUUUGGCAGAUAUAUCAAACAGUGAACAACUUGGUGGUACGCCAAUUAUUCUAAGAGGUCUUCGCGCUGCCAAAGAACAGUUUCAGCGACAUGGCCGGGAUAACGUCUCAAGAAUUUUGCUCUUGGUAACAAGUGGCGCUAAUCGCGGCAAUGUAGCUUUCGCAGCAGAUGAUCUUCGUGAACAUCUGAAUGUAAGCAUCUUUGUACUGGUUGUGAACGCAUCUCAAGGGGCGCAAAUAAUGCUGAAUCGUUUGACGAGUGAUGAAUACACUCAACAGCGAGUGAUAUCAAUUUCUAGCGCUAAUAAACUACAAGAAGCAGAACUGCUACAAAUUGGACAAGCACUUUGUGGUGGUAGUGACAUGGGCGCUGCUACUAUUUGGCCAGCACAGGGAGCUCCACAUCGAACUACAAAACGUGAUGCUCCUUACGCUGAAUCAAAACACAAGCAAGAUUUCCGCCUAGUACUCAAUCAUGUUGCUAAUUUUUUGAAAAUGCGGUUUCCACCAGCAAGCAGACUUAUGCAACUGAAUUUGAUAGGCGUUGAUAGUGAUGGUACCAAUUUGAAGGCAGUGAAUUUUGGCGUUGAUAUGGUUGAUGAAAUUUUUGCCAAAUUAAUGCAAAAAAAAGGUGAUAAAAUAUCUCCCAAACUUGGCCGGGGAAUUGAUGAAGUGGUGUUGUUAGCUAAAGAGCACGUUGUGAAAGGAGUCAUUCAGAUAAUUCUGAUCAUUAGUGCAGAUGGGACAAGCAGUGAUGAUGCAAUACAAUCAGCAGAGUAUGCAAGAGAUCAGUAUGGCAUUGUUGCAAUCUCGAUAAAGGCUCCAUCUAGCGAACUUUUGAAGGAAUUAUCAUUGGGAAGUUCUGCCAAGGUGAUUCACUUCCCAGACUGGUCGAUUGGAAAUGAAUUAUUUCAAAGCUGGAUUGCUCAUGCUUUUUGCAGUUAUCCUUCUACAUCAAUAACAAGGAAGGCUAAAUUAACGCACAUGACUCGACCACCAAUUCGAAAGACUUCAACAAUAUCAGUGAAUGACGCGACCAACGUUGAAGUAACACCUUUGAGUCCAAAUUCACUGCUCGUCUCAUGGACUUGUUGUACGAAUAACAAAGCAGACUACAUCAUUUUGUACACUCCGGAUCUAUCAUUGUCGAAAGAAUACUGGCAAAAAUUGAAUGCAACCUGCCGUGACAGUUUUGGAAAAAAAUUGAUGGCCUGCCGUCCGAUAAUACGUAUACUGUUUGUGUUGAGACAUUUCAACGAUACUACCGCGCCACUGCAUCAAAAACCGUCGGAUAACCAAUCGAUAGCACUAUGUCAAUGUAUAUGUGCAAAUAAUGGCGAAGCUUUGGUAAAGCCGACAUGCGAAACGCUGAUGGAUCCGCUGCGUCCAGUGGCUACUCUUCCACCGGCUAUAAAUGGUGAAUGUCCAUGUAGUAUGCCUUCGAAAGGUGGACGAUGUCCGAUGGGAUACUUCUUCAAUCGUGGACAAUGCUACGACGUAAAUGAAUGUCAACAACAAAACGGCGGCUGUUCACAUGGCUGCGUGAAUAUUCCCGGAGACUUUUACUGUGCAUGUCCACAUGGCAUGAUGCGUGACCCAACGAAUCCAAAAAUAUGUAUCAAUGUUGCGGGCAGUUUCGAUCGAAUCGCAACGCUGUUGAGUCAUUACCUUCACGCAAACCUAUAUAAUGCAAGUGCUACCAGCGGUGAAAAAAGUGAUACGCAAAUUAAUGGCAAAAUAAUUAGAUAUAAAGCAACAGUGAAAUCAGAAGAUGAUAAUGCGAUAUCAUUUGAAUGGUCAUUGGUGCCAGGAGUUGUACGGAGGGCAUUCAAAUGGCUAUUUUGAAAAUUGCCGAGGAAAAUCAC